CGAAACUGUUAAAUUCCUCGGUGGUCGACGUCUGAGAACCCUCCUCAGUGCCAGUCGCAAGGGCGAAACCUGCUGGAAAGUGCUCGAAGAAGUGAGGACGUGCCCUUAAUCCGCGUUCGUCCUGUUUUUGUUUUUUCCAUUGGGAUUUAGGAUUCGCGGAAGUCGCGAAGAGGUCGUGACCCAAAUACCGUUUGUGCUGCAUCUCAGAAAAACGAGUGUGCGAUUUAAAAGCCAAUCCAUCCAUCCAUCCACCUCUGGAUUAAAACUUUUCUAUUGAAAUCGAUCGCAUGAACUUCCACAUAUUGGAUGGUGAUGAUGUGCAGUGAUUAUUGACCCCUUAAAGAAAGUUUACCAGUUUCUUCUGUGUUAGCAAUGACUUCUCGAGGACGCCGACUUCUGCUGGGUCUCGCAGCCCUUGCGGUCGUCGUAUCAUUAUUCCAUUUAACCGCAGGUGUCGACGUUUACUCCAAUUCUUUCAUUUCGCCGCACUCUGCUCAGGAGGACGCCGUUUAUCCGUCUGAGGUUAUAAAGCCUUCAAGUUUUUUGGAUAAAAGCGAGAGCGUGUCCACUAAGAAGGAGAGGAGUCGCGUGCAAAGGUCGGCGGAUCCCAUUUUAUCCACUUAUGGUAAAAGCGAUGAUUUGAGUUACUACAAGAACGUUGCUGAGGCGUUGGAAGGGAACGGGGUCGAGUUAUCGGGAAGGGCUCCGAAGUUGAUACAACCAUCGAAGACUAUCGAUUUGAAGAAUUCGGGGGAAGCAUUCGGGGCUCCGCAGGCCAGACAACUGCCGGAGCCCCACGACAUCACGCCGACUGUGACGGCGACGAUUUCUGCUUCCCAAUCCACCCUUCAAGACCGCCCACGCCAAGCCAACCCUGACAUCCAAGACAUCAUAACCGGAAUCGUCAAAUUGCUGAACGGCAACGUCAACGUUCAAGCAAACACUGCACCGGCAAUGCCUCGACCUCUGCGUCCCAUCAGCACCAGGAUCAACAAUAGAGGACCUCCGAGGAUCUCCGAUUUACCACCGCUUCCAGCGGACUUCAACGUUGCUGGAUCGAUGAAACCACCACCGCUCAACACCAAAAUGCCUACACCGUAUCCAUUCGAUCUUCCUCCACCAAACACAUCCCCAAUACGCAAUCAAAGGCCAGGCUUCUAUCGUCCCGUCACAAUCCCACCAUGGAACAGGAACAACCCGAACCGAAGACCAUUCCCUCCAAGAAAACCCACUCCAAUUCCAACCUACAAACCCUUACCCGACGACAUAAGUAUAACCAGCUUCAAACCUAACGAAGAUAUCCUCACCUUAGACGCCGAUAUGCUAACAACAUAUGAAGAACCGCACAACGAAACGACAACUACCACUACCGAAGAGAUUACGACCAUAAACAAUAACGAUAAGGAAUUUGAAAAGAACAAGGAGAAAGUACCUUCAUCUAAAAAGAAAAUAUCCACAACAACGGAGAUUGCUCCAAGCCCAACACCAGUAGCAAUAGAUAUCACCCCGACCGUCUUAAAUACAACAGAAGUGAUUCAAGACAACUCCUCCAUCAUGAUCGAAUCGACUCCCAGUCUAGAAUCUUCAAUUACUGAAAUCGUUUCAACAAUUAAAGAAGAUUCUUCAUCGACGCUGUCGGUGACUCCAACAGAAGAAUUACCGGUGAUUCCUUCGACAACAAAUUUAGUAUCAACGGAGAUUCGGGAAACAAAUUCCAGCUCACCGACAACUCAAUUGAGCUCUUCUUCAUCCACUGAGAGCAACACAAGUCAAGGUUUUCCCUAUUAUCCGUACAGACCUAGACCGGGUAUCGUUCUGGAUGAUACUGAAUAUAAACCAGGAGGAGUGCUGAAAAGACCGCAAAUUGUCACAGCGCGUCCACCUCAGAUUGGGGAAAUAUUUGAUAUAACAGUUUCUGCUAUUCAAGGGCCCGGUGGUGGCGGAGGUUCAGGCCAGGGUAAACCGUACGUGAUUCCAGUUGAUAUUGAAAACGUUCAUUUGGGUUCGAGUGAUGAUGUUAUAACGACUCCAGUUGGUGAUGAAGGUUUUGUUUCUAUUGAUGGAAAACGAACCUAUUUGAAUUUGUUUGGUGAACCUGAUGAACAACCUUCAACCACACCACCUGUAAUCUCAGCCACUCCAACUACGAAUGUAAUCAAAGCUACUGGAUAUGCAAUUCCAGAGAUCGAAAAAACCAAACCUGAUAAUGUGAAUGGUUUGAAACCAACGAGGAGACCCACAUACGGGAAAAGACCUACCCAAAUACCAGUCAGAAUCGACACUUGUAUAGUCGGAGAUGAUUCGACCUGCGACGCCUCUCAGCACGAGAUAUGCAGAACGGAAUCUGGAGUGAGCGCGUGCCAUUGUAGACCGGGUCACGCAAGACGCAAGCAUCGAGAUCCUUGCAGAAAAGUGGUAUCGGUUUUACUCUCGUUGAGAGUGGAUCGCAUCUACGAAAGACGCGUGGUCUGGGCCAACGAAUUAUCCAACAAGGGCAGCGAUAGCUACCAGCAACUCGCCUACGAAGCGGAGAGAGCUUUGGAAUCUGCGAUGUCGAUGACUCCGUUCAGCGAUGAAUUUUUGAGCGCCAAGGUGAAUGGUGUUUACAGAGGCGAUCGUUCUGCGGGUCAGGGCGGGGUAUUCGUUAAUUUGACUUUACAAUUAGAGGAGAACGGGGACACGGCGCGACCCACUGUCCGAGGCGAUAUUCAACGCCAUCUUCUGGGUGUCAUCCAGAGAAGAAGCAACAAUAUUGGGAACAGCGCAUUGUGGGUGGACAGCCCUCCGGGAGCAAUUUCCAAUUUGCAAGAUGUCGACGAAUGCACUUCCAGAGAGUUAAAUGAUUGCCAUCACUCUGCGAUGUGCAUCAACACGUUCGGUGGUUUUAAAUGCGAAUGCUUGGAUGGGUUCAGGGAUCCUUGGUCGGAUAAUAGGCAUAGAGCUGGAAGGCAAUGCGAGCAGUGUUCGCCUCAGCAUUGCAACAAUCGUGGGGAAUGCAAAUACGAGCACGGGCAAGAAGUUUGCGUGUGUACGGGUAAUUAUUAUGGAAACCAAUGCGAGCUGGAUGGAGAGGUACUCGGAGUGGCCAUCGGAGCUAGCGUUGCCGCUGUUAUCAUCAUUGGAUUAACGCUGGUCUGUUUAGUCAUGUGGAGUCGUCGAUGGAAUAGAGAACAAAAAGCGGCAGCCAUGGGCAGUCCUGUUUUCGGAUACAUGGCAACGGCUAGUAAUACAGUCAAAGCUCCCGUAGUUGGCGGACCACCCUAUCAGCUGACUUUGGAGGAUCGCCUAAGAUGGGCUCAAAUUGCAGACGCCAUGGCCCAAACAAAUCAUUACGCUCCGGAACCAGUUGCUACAAUGACGCGACCUUCAUCAGCUCUCUUCGGUUAUCCAACACUUUCGAUGGCAGGUACCUUACCGCAUGGUGGAAUGCACGGAACCCUUCCCCCAAUACCUUUGCCCCGUUUAAAUAUUCCUGCUACUUUAGCGGGAAGGGCGGCUAGUGUGCACGGGAUGAGACCGCUGGACAACUCGAGUUCCAGUGAAGAGGAGGACAAGGCCGAUCUCUUGGGUCGAAACUUCCAAGUUCCUAGACCGAAGAGUCGAAGUAACGCUUCGGUAACUUAUCAGAGCGGCAUUUACUAUGACGUUGAUUACGAUCAGAACGAGAUCUACAAGCAUCCCUCUGGAACGAUACCAAUGAGCACCUAUACACCAUCCGGACGACAUCCAUUCUAUAGGAAUUGAACAACCCAAUUCACAAUCACGUGACACAUUAGUUGAAAUAUAUUUUUUUUUGUUGUUUUAUCACUAAGUUUUUUUUCUUGUGGGUUGGCAAUACCAAAUACAGAAUGUAAUUUACGAUAUUUAUAGUAUUUUGUUGUUUGUUUGUUUUGUAUGUUUUUUUA